AUGUGGGUGCCAACAGCUGAGCAAAUUCUCCCCGUUCUCUCGAUCACCGCCAUGAUCUCCACGAUAUCGCUGUUUUUUUGUGGCUUUCCGAUUUGUUGGAAGAUCUGGAAGCGGAGUGGAACGAAAGAUAUCAGUGGAAUGCCGUUCAUUAUGGGACUCAUCGGAGCCUCAUUCUGGCUGAUUUACGGUUUUCUGAGAAGCGAUUCGACGAUGAUUGCGGUGAAUGUGGUUGGCUCGAGUCUUUUCUUUGGCUAUUCCAUUUUCUAUUUGGUGAUGAGCAAGCCGAGGACAUCUUUCGCCAUCCAAUUGCUUUUCUCAAUCUCGUUGGUCUCGUUGAUGGUCGUGUUGGUGGUGCACUAUGGACUGAAAAUGAAGAUGUUUCUCGGUGUUGUCUGUAUGACGUUCAAUAUCGCCUGUUUUGCUUCUCCACUUGCCGGCAUGAGAGUCGUGUUGAGAACUCGUUGCACGGACACUCUACCCCUUCCGAUGUGUAUGGCGAAUUUGGCGGUCUCUUCUCAAUGGUUGCUUUAUGGAAUCUUAAUCAAUGAUAUCUAUGUCAUUAUCCCGAACGCGUGCGGCGUGUUUUUGUCGUUUAUCCAAUUGUCGUUGUUCUUGAUUUUCCCGAUGAAACCGGGGAAAAAAGCGCCACUUUCGGGCUGUUUUCCGUGCAUUCAACCACCAGAGAAACCGCGUGGCGACGAGCGAGAAGAAAGAGCCGCUAGACGGUUUGCAAUCAACUGCCACAACAUCGAAAUCUCUUCGUUUUGGAGAAAAAUCUCAAUAAAUCAUCGCAAAAAGAUGCAAAAAAAGCAAAGAUUGCAUUCCCAGACAUUGAAAAAUAAAUCUUUUUGGAAUAAUUUU